GCAGUGGGAGCGGACCGUUGCUGGAAAACACACUGGCUGGCAAACUUCACAAAUAGCACCAUGGUUUCUGCGCCGAUGCCUUCUCUGUGGAUUAUGUGUUUUGUUUUCUUUUACCACACUGGAAUAGCACAGAAUGUAAAGGAAGUAAUGUUGCUGGAUUCUAAAGCACAGACGGAACUGGAGUGGAUAUCCUCUCCUUCUGGCGGGUGGGAAGAAAUCAGUGGACUUGAUGAGAACUACACACCUAUUCGGACUUAUCAGGUGUGCCAGGUAAUGGAGCCCAAUCAGAACAACUGGCUGCGAACUAACUGGAUAGAGAAGGGCAAUGCUCAGAGGAUUUUUGUAGAACUGAAGUUCACACUGAGGGAUUGUAAUAGUCUGCCAGGUGUGCUGGGGACUUGUAAGGAAACGUUCAAUCUGUAUUACCAAGAGACAGACUCUGACUAUAGGAGGAAUAUACAAGAAAGCCAGUAUGUAAAAAUAGACACCAUUGCAGCAGAUGAAAGCUUUACCCAGGGAGACCUCGGGGAACGAAAGAUGAAGCUGAAUACCGAAGUACGGGAAAUCGGGCCUCUGUCUAGAAAAGGAUUUUAUCUGGCUUUUCAGGAUGUAGGGGCCUGCAUAGCUUUGGUAUCUGUCAAAGUCUAUUAUAAGAAGUGUUGGUCUAUUAUUGAGAACUUAGCUGUUUUCCCGGACACAGUCACAGGGUCCGAGUUUUCCUCCCUGGUCGAAGUCAGCGGAUCAUGUGUGACUGACGCAGAAGAGGAGGCGGAAAAUUCCCCUAAGAUGCACUGCAGUGCUGAAGGUGAAUGGCUGGUGCCUAUUGGAAAGUGUAUCUGCAAGUCAGGAUUUCAUCAAAAAGGAGAUGCCUGUGAGCCCUGUGGCCGUGGAUUCUAUAAAUCAUCCUCCCAAGACCUGCAGUGCUCCCGCUGCCCUGCUCACAGCUUCACCAACAGAGAAGGCUCUUCCCAAUGUGACUGCAACGAUGGCUAUUACAGAGCAGCCUCAGACCCACCAUCUGCGGCAUGCACAAGACCCCCGUCUGCACCACAGAACCUGAUUUACAAUAUCAACCAGACCACUGUGACCCUGGAGUGGAGCCCGCCUUCAGACAACGGGGGCCGUAGUGACGUCACCUACAGGAUUGUGUGCAGGAAGUGCAGCUGGGAGCAGGGAGAGUGUGCGCCCUGCGGCAGCAUCGUUGGAUUUGUACCCCAGCAAUCUGGAUUAGUUGAUACCUCUGCCACCAUCGUGGACCUGCUCUCCCACGCCAACUACACCUUUGAGGUUGAAGCUGUGAAUGGGGUCUCAGACCUCAGUCGCACCCAGAGGCUCUUUGCCACAGUCAGCGUUGCGACCAGUCAAGCAGCUCCCUCACAGGUUAGUGAAGUUAUCAAGGAGAGAGUGCAGCAGAGGAGCAUUCAGCUUUCCUGGAAGGAGCCGGAGCUUCCCAACGGGGUCAUCACGGAAUAUGAAAUCAAGUAUUAUGAGAAGGAUCAAAGGGACCGCACUUACUCAACUGUGAAAUCAAGUACUACAUCAGCCACUGUCAAUAACUUGAAACCAAGCACAGCAUAUGUGUUUCAGAUUCGAGCUUUUACUGCUGCAGGCUACGGCACCUAUGGUCCAAGACUAGAGGUCAUAACACAGGAGGAAGCUACAGCCACAGCCGUCACCAGUGAACAGAACCCAGUGAUUAUCAUAGCUGUAGUUGCUGUGGCAGGGACCAUCAUCCUUGUCUUCAUGGUGUUUGGAUUCAUUAUUGGAAGAAGGCACUGUGGCUACAGCAAAGCAGACCAGGAAGGAGACGAGGAGCUUUACUUUCAAUUUAAAUUUCCAGGCACCAAAACGUAUGUUGACCCUGAAACCUAUGAGGACCCGAAUAGGGCUGUCCAUCAAUUUGCCAAGGAGCUGGACGCCUCAUGCAUUAAGAUUGAGCGAGUAAUCGGAGCAGGAGAGUUUGGAGAAGUAUGUAAUGGACGUCUGAAGCUCCCGGGAAAAAGAGACAUGUCAGUUGCUAUCAAAACCUUGAAAGUUGGCUAUACAGAAAAACAAAGAAGAGAUUUUCUUGGUGAAGCCAGCAUCAUGGGGCAGUUUGACCAUCCCAAUGUGGUUCAUCUGGAAGGAGUUGUUACAAGGGGAAAACCAAUUAUGAUUGUGAUAGAAUACAUGGAGAAUGGAGCACUGGAUGCAUUUCUUAGAAAACACGAUGGCCAGUUUACAGUUAUCCAGCUUGUGGGAAUGCUGCGUGGUAUUGCAGCUGGAAUGAGAUACCUUUCCGAUAUGGGAUAUGUUCAUAGAGAUUUGGCAGCACGUAACAUUCUGGUCAACAGCAAUCUUGUAUGUAAAGUGUCUGACUUCGGCCUGUCGAGAGUAAUAGAAGAUGAUCACGAAGCUGUCUACAGCACAACGGGUGGAAAAAUUCCGGUCCGAUGGACAGCCCCAGAAGCCAUACAGUACCGAAAGUUUACUUCUGCCAGUGACGUUUGGAGUUACGGAAUUGUAAUGUGGGAAGUCAUGUCCUAUGGGGAGCGACCUUACUGGGACAUGUCCAAUCAGGAUGUAAUCAAAGCUAUCGAGGAAGGUUACCGUCUCCCAGCACCUAUGGACUGUCCACCUGGUCUUCACCAACUUAUGCUUGACUGCUGGCAAAAAGAGCGGGGCGAAAGGCCGAAGUUCGACCAAAUAGUUGGAAUCCUUGAUAAAAUGAUUCGGAACCCCAACACAUUAAAGACCGCCGUAGGCCAGUGUAGUAGACCAAUUAGCCCACUUUUAGAUCAGAACACUCCAGACUUCACUACUUUCCGCUCAGUGGGAGACUGGUUGGAAGCCAUCAAGAUGGAAAAGUACAAAGAUAACUUCACAGCAGCAGGGUACAGCUCAUUGGAAUCAGUGGCCAGGAUGACUAUUGAGGACGUGUUGAGCUUAGGGAUCACAUUAGUGGGCCAUCAGAAGAAAAUAAUGAGCAGCAUACAGACAAUGAGAGCACAGAUGCUGCACUUGCACGGCACCGGUGUCCAGGUGUGACAAGCAACAAUUCCUCCAUUUAGGAGGUAACAGGCUUCUAACAAACUACAAUGAGGCGUUUACUAAGGAUAAUCAUUGAAUGCACUGCUUCCUGCAUCAAGACUCUUGUGAUUCAUGGGAUAAACACAUUCCUUAUUCCUUGGGUCCGCCUUCCAGAGCCGGGUGGAGCUAACACAGGGUCCAUUAUCAGCAGCUAAGAAGACGUCAAGAAGUACUGCCUGGCACAUAUGAAACUCUGAAACUUCUGAGGAACUCUUAACUGUGUAUUAUAGAGGAACAGAGAAUACUGAUUUUUUUUGUUUUUUGUUUUUAUUUUUACCUUCCCCUUUUUGCUCUUUAAAAUGUGUAAAGUAUUUCUUCUGCAUUAUUUUGGAUAACUAUUUCUUGAAAAAUAAUUAUUCCUUGGAGUGGUGAUUCAAUAUUCAUUUCAGUUAUGUUAAUUUAUCCCAAACACUAUGCUCAUGUGUGGUGGAUUAUUUCCUUUUUUAUUAGCCGGGAACAGGGUAAAAGGAAAUGCAAUCAGUGGGCAUGAAAUGUCUUUUUAAAAAUGUUUUUAAGCAGGUGUAAUUAGGAACAGUUACCAAUGUGUGAAGCAGAGUUGUGGUAUUACCUUUUUAAUAUAUUAAAAUAUUAAGGAAUUUUCAGUCAGCAGCAGUAUGGAGUUAUUAAAUCAGUCUGAGUGAGCCUGGGAUUCAUUUAUUUCAAAUUAUUUAUAACGUUUACUGCUUGCAAUAUUUUAAGUAAUUGAUCAGAGAAUAUUUUGAAGGUCUAAACUUAGUUUUCUGGAACAUGAAUAAAGCUCCACAGAUACACCUCCGUAAGCUUAGAAAUUAAUGGAACGUAUUCAUACUUUGAAAUUUCUGUCCUGUAGGGCUAAACGUAGUGUACUGGUAAUCUUUUUUAUUCUAUGUGUUUGCAGUUAUAUCUUUCUUAAAAGUUGCCAUGAUUUUACUUAAGAUUAUAAGAACUUGAGCAAACACAGAGCAAUAAUUACUCCUGAUGGAACAUGACAUCUUUCAGAAUGCUUUAGAUAUGCUUUAGUGUUCUUGAUCAUACUUUUGGAAAACUUCAAUCACCGGUGUGAUAAAAACAGAGAGAGAAUUUGUGAAUUAUUGAAGCAGCUGGUUGUCACAGCAUUGUUUUGCUCUGAUUCUCCAACCCAUUAAAAUUAUAACGUAUGCUUUUUCUUCUUUUCUUUCUGUUUAUUGGUUUAACAGGGUUCAUGCUGUCAGCCAAUUCACUGGUGCCAUUUGUUCUCAUUUAUACAUUGAAUGAAUGUUUUAUCGUGUUGAGGUUUGUCUCUAAUAGUGACUAGUUGUAGUCUCUUGGCAAAUGAUUGACGCUUGCUUUUCUAGGCAUGCUGCAGAAUGCAGUUUACUGUAAUAAGAUUUUAAAAAGGGACUGCUCCAAAAUGUUGAAGAUUUGACGAAAACCAUAAGCAUCAUGUGUGGAUUUGUUUUAAAGCCCCCUGGCUUUGCCUUGUCGUGUGACAAGACAUCCGGUUCCUUUGUUUGUCCCUUUUCCACCUGUUUCUAAUCUCAGUGCCUAUUAUCAAGUGCAAAAAUCUCAUCCUUUUACAGAUUUGAGCGUUGUCUGACCUCUAGCAAAUAAAACAACCAUUUUCACAAGAACAAUCAGUAUAAUUGCUCAUACUACAGUGGAAGAAUGAUAAGCCUCUCCCUGUAUUCAGUCACAGCGUUUCCAUAGUGUACCACAUGUAAAGUGACAUGUACUCACUUAAUUACAUAGUCAAUAUUACAUUCAUUACAUCCAACAGAAGAUGUCUGGGUCUAUUUUAAUUAUCUAAAAAGUGGAGGACCUAAAUAUGGCUGUGUUUUAAUCAAUUCAAUUAGUAUUUACUUAUUAAACUCUAAAAUGAGAUGGAAAGAGGUGUGUGGCAAAUCAGGUAUACAAAUCUGAGUGGCUGUAAAUCCAUUGCUGUUUAGAUAAUUAAAAAUUAACCCUGUUUAUAACAUGUGUGUGUGUGUGUAUAUAUAUAUAUAUAUAUACCUUAAAUGGACACUUUAUGUGUUUAACCUCACAGACGUAUUCAAUUUAGAUCAAUAAUGGUGUGUUUUGAGCACAAGUAGAAGCUAAAUGUAGAAAACGGUGGACUGCCCCUUUGAAGAGUGGCUGAUGAUUCCAAAGAAUUUAACACUGGUGAUUGUGUCAGAAAGACCCUCGGGAUCAAAGGGAAAUGUGUAAAUGUUCUUGUGUAAAACUUGUACAUUUUUAUUUAUACUGUCCUUUUUGUACACACAUUUCUCUGUAGUGAGCUCUGAAUACAUUAAAAAUGCACUAUAUUUUUCUAUCUCACUUACAGAUUAUCUUCACCCAUGUAUUUCCAGGUGUACAUAGUUACUCUCAUUUAGGACCAAAGAUGGCUAUCGGUUACUUAUUUUCUUUUGUUUUGUUUAUUGCUUUAAAAAAAAAAGUCUAAUUGUGUGCUGUACAGUGUUAUAUUUUGUC